UGUUUGUUUAUGUUUUGGGUUUCACUCAGCAUGUCAAUAUCAGUGAAUUUAUCUCGUAGUUUAUUGAAAAAUGUUUCAGUAAAACCGUUUGUGAAGUCACAAUUUACAUUCAAAUGGUAUCCAAGAUUAUUCUCCUCGUGUAUAAACCCUGCUGCAGGAUUAAAUGAUGAACAAAAGGAGUUCCAAAAUGUUGCUCUAAACUUUGCCAAAAAUGAGAUGGCACCAUUCAUGAAAGAAUGGGAUGAAAAGGAAUUAUUCCCGAUGGAGUCAAUGAGAAAAGCAGCAGCACUGGGAUUUGGCGGAAUCUACACGAGAGAAGAUUAUGGUGGAAGUGGCCUGUCUAGACUUGACGCAUCUGUAAUAUUUGAGGCCCUGGCCCAGGGCUGUGUUAGUACAACAGCCUUCAUGAGCAUCCACAAUAUGUGUUGUUGGAUGAUCGAUGAGUUUGGUAGUGAGGAGCAGAGGCAAUCUAGGCUACCAUUGCUUUGUACAAUGGAGAAGUUUGCCUCCUACUGCCUUACGGAGCCUGGUAGUGGCAGUGAUGCAGCCUCUCUGACAACAUCUGCCAGAAGGGACGGGGACCAUUACAUCAUGAAUGGCUCAAAGGCAUUUAUAAGUGGUGGUGGCGAUACAGACUUGUACCUGGUGAUGUCCCGGACAGGUGGUGCCGGUCCAAAAGGUAUCUCAUGCAUAAUGGUAGAGAAGGAAACACCUGGAUUAACAUUUGGAAAGAAGGAGAAAAAGAUGGGAUGGAAUUCACAGCCUACAAGAAUUGUUAACUUUGAAGAUUGCCGUGUACCAGUGUCCAACAGAAUAGGCGAAGAGGGUACAGGUUUUAAUAUUGCGAUGAAAGGCCUGAACGGUGGUAGAAUCAAUAUAGCCUCCUGCUCAUUAGGUGCAGCACAGGGUGCUAUUGAACAAGCGAGGGACCACUUAAAAGUGCGCAAACAAUUUGGUCAGACACUACAACACAAUCAAUUCUUACAAUUCCGUCUAGCUGAGCUGGCAUCUGACUUGGUAGCCUCUAGGCUGGUGGUUCGGAAUGCAGCAAAAGCACUUCAAGACGACUCUCAAGAUGCCGUUGUUCUCUGCUCAAUGGCCAAGUUAUUUGCCACAGAAAAAUGUACACAUAUAUGUGAUAGAGCAUUGCAGAUGUUUGGUGGGUAUGGGUAUUUAAAAGAUUACCCAGUUCAACAAUAUCUACGAGACGUCAGAGUCCAUGAAAUACUAGAAGGCACAAAUGAAAUAAUGAGAAUGCUUAUAGCACGAGAUCUGCUUAAAGACUGACAUUCAACUCUGCUUGGAUAGCUUUUUAGCUGUAUGAUGCACUUGUCUACUCAAUCUCAGGAAUCGGGUUCAGUAUACAGAUGAACGUGCAACUCAUAAAUUGCCUCAUUCUGAAUGUGUGCUUUGGCCGGGUGAUCCCUGUCUUCCAUUACAUACCACAAAAUAAUCCCCUUCA